UCUGUCCUUCUUGGCGCAUCAGCGGAGGAGAAAAGGAGAGCAGAUUAUUCUUCCUUUGCCUUUUGAUUUCUCUUUUUUGCGCUUCGACUCUGAUCGUCUCUGACUUCCGGCUGCACCACCACCUCUUCUUGAAAAGCGCUCGAGCCUUUUAUUAUUUUUAUUUUUUUGACGUCUAUUUUUAUUUCAGUCAUAACGGUUCAUCCAGAAGAGGGUGAAGAUGUCCGGAUAUCAGGGCAAGAAGAACAUCCCUCGCAUCACCAGUGAGCGUUUGCUAAUUAAAGGAGCAAAGAUUGUGAACGAUGACCAGUCCUUCUCUGCAGACAUCUACAUGGAGGAUGGACUCAUCAAGCAGAUCGGGGAGAACCUGAUCGUCCCAGGAGGGGUGAAGACCAUCGAUGCUCACGGCCGGAUGGUGAUGCCGGGGGGUAUCGACGUCCACACUCGCUUUCAGAUGCCUGACCGAGGCAUGACUGCAGCUGAUGACUUUUAUCAGGGCACCCGGGCGGCGGUGGCAGGAGGAACCACCAUGAUCAUUGACCAUGUGGUUCCGGAGCCCGGUACCGGCCUGAUAGCGGCGUUUAAUCAGUGGCGUCAGUGGGCUGACAGUAAGUCGUGCUGCGAUUACUCGCUCCACGUCGACAUCACUGAGUGGCACAAAGGCAUCCAGGAGGAAAUGGAGACACUCGUUAAGGACCAUGGUGUGAACUCGUUCCUGGUUUACCUGGCCUACAAGGACAUCUUCCAGCUGACCGACUCUCAGAUCUACGAGGUGUUCAGUGUGAUCCGAGACCUCGGCGCCAUCGCACAGGUCCACGCUGAGAACGGCGACAUCAUCGCAGAGGAGCAGCGUAGAAUCCUGGAUUUGGGAAUCACCGGACCGGAGGGGCACGUUCUGAGUCGUCCAGAGGAGGUGGAGGCCGAGGCGGUGAACCGCUCCAUCACAGUGGCCAAUCAGACCAACUGUCCUCUUUACAUCACCAAGGUGAUGAGCAAGAGCGCAGCUGAUGUCAUCGCCCAGGCCAGGAAGAAAGGCACUGUGGUGUAUGGCGAGCCAAUCACGGCCAGUCUUGGCACAGAUGGCUCGCACUACUGGAGCAAAAACUGGGCCAAAGCUGCAGCAUAUGUGACCUCGCCACCCCUGAGUCCGGAUCCCACUACACCCGACUAUCUCAACUCCCUGCUGUCAUGUGGCGACCUCCAAGUGACGGGCAGCGCCCACUGCACCUUCAACACCGCGCAGAGAGCCGUGGGGAAAGACGACUUCACCCUCAUCCCUGAGGGAACCAAUGGCACAGAGGAGAGGAUGUCCAUCAUCUGGGACAAGUGUGUGGUGUCUGGAAAGAUGGAUGAGAACCAGUUUGUGGCCGUGACUAGCACAAACGCAGCAAAGAUCUUUAACUUGUACCCGCGUAAGGGCCGCAUCGCUGUGGGAUCAGACGCAGACCUGGUGCUGUGGGACCCCGACCUCACCAAGAUCAUCUCGGCCAAGAGCCACAAUCUGGCGGUAGAGUACAACAUCUUCGAGGGCAUGGAAGUGCGUGGAGCUCCGUUGGUGGUGAUUAGUCAGGGAAAGAUCGUACUGGAGGAUGGAACCCUGCACACCACCGAGGGCUCGGGACGCUACGUGACCCGGAAACCCUUCCCUGAUUAUGUCUACAAGAGGAUAAAAGCCCGCAGCAGGCUGGCAGAGCUGAGGGGCGUUCCUCGCGGCCUGUAUGACGGGCCGGUGUGUGAGGUCACCGUGACUCCCAAGGCUGUUACUCCUGCUUCUUCAGCCAAAACAUCUCCAGCCAAGCAGCAAGGACAGCCUGUCAGGAACCUGCACCAGUCUGGAUUCAGCCUCUCUGGUGCUCAGGUUGACGAUAACGUUCCACGUCGCAGCACUCAGCGCAUUGUGGCACCCCCUGGUGGCAGGGCUAAUAUCACCAGCCUGGGUUAGAGCUCUCGGCUCCCUGCAGGAGAUCAGAGGGCCGGGGGGUGUUUACAAGUGGAGGUGUUUCCCAUACCAACAUGAGGUCCAGUGUCGAGACUCUCCACUCCCGAACCCUACCAACCCUCCUUUAAUCUCAUAGUCCCUUACUUUUACCCUGUUUUUCCUUCCUUGCCCCAAACCCUGAUCCCUCUCCUUGAGGAAAUUUAGCGGAAAAAAAAAGUAUUUGCCUCAUGUGAAGAUAAACAGAAAAAAACAGAAAAUAAUUAACACUCCAUAUUUGAGCACCUUGACUGUAUGAUUGAUUUAUCAUUUUUUAUACUGUAUUUUUACCUAUCGUGUGUCAUUUUAUAUUUUUUCCCCUUUAUUUAACACCUUUUUUUUUUUUAUUGGAGGGAUCCAGAUAAAAGGUGAAGCAGUUAUUGUUUAUCAUGAUGACUUUAUUUAACAAGGUGAGUGGCAUGUAGAGUCCUAGCUUUGAACACAUCCAGUGACCAUAAAGGUGUUCUUUUUUUUUUUCUGUAAGCACAUCUAGGAUUGUUAAUAUUCAUUGCAUAAUUGGCGAAAUGAAGUUAAAGUGAGAGCCAAAGUGUAUUUCAGCCAUUUUUUUUUUUUUUGUAGCAUGCAAGUUGUUAACUCGUAUAAGCCGUGAGCAGAAAUGGAAAACGUUGACUUAUUGAUUUGAUUUGUUAUAAAUUUCAAAAAUAACAUCAGCACGUUUAAUCCAGCUGCAGUACGAGAGACAUUAAACUCUGUAAUAACCGCAUUAAUAAUCUGAAUAAAUAAAAAUCCGGAUGAAGAGCC